AGCGCACGCCGCCAGAGCCGCGACUCGACGCGAGAGGUCUCGGACGUCAUGACGAGGAUCGAUCAUGCGGACAUCCGCAACUCCGCGGAGAUGGAACUCGCGAACGUGAUGCGCAUCGAGGAGGCUGAGCGCGACACCGUCCGCCAGUUUUUCACCAUGCUCGGCGACGGGGGCUGGAGCCACUCUGGCGCCUCCGACGGCACCGACAUCUUCAAGCUCCCGGGCGAGCGGAUCCAUCGCAUCAUGGGGGUGACGAGGACCACCGCGACGCCCGAGGAGGUGCUCACGUUUUUCUCCGAGCCCAAGAACUUCGACAAGCACUUCAAGAUCCUCGACGAGAUGUUCAAGGACGGCGCGGUGGUCAAGAUCGGGGGCCAGGGCCUGGAGCUCGCGGCGUCGGGCUCGAGGCAGCGGAUGCACAAGCUCGGCAACUUCGCGGCGCUGUCAAUCGGCGGGAAAGAUCGGAGCGGACCCACCGACCUCAGCGACGUCGCCGACGGGGCCAUCGGUCUGCUGGACAAGGCCAGGCGCUCGCCCGUGGGGAUCAAGCUGCAGUCCUUCGUCAGGAGCAAGAUUUUAAAGGAGCACGGCGCGGCGUCGACGAUCGCGUCGCUUCCGUCGUCGCAGGAUGCGGCCAUCGGGGAGGCGCUCGCGGCGGGGCCCGGGGCUUCGUUCCGCGAGGGUCAGUUUAAGGACCUCCCCGGCCACGCGCUGCUGCACGGGACGUUUCGUUUGCCCGCCAUCGUGCCGGACAGGGACUUCAUCUGGGACCAGGUGGCGCUGCGUUUGCCCACCGGGAGCGUGCUCAUCGCGGGAAAGUCCGUGGAUGACGCCGAGGUGAGCGACGUUCCGUCGCCCAAGGGUCACGUGCGGGGCGCCGUGCUCACCAGCGGGUACUACAUAACCCCGCGGUGGUCGCAGGAUGGGGAGAUGGAGGGGUCGCAGAUUGCGUUCGUGGUGCAGGCGGACCCCAAGGGGGUGCUUCCGGCGUGGGUGGUGAACCUGGUGGCUCCCAAGCAGGCGCACAACGUGACUCGCCUGCGGAAGUUUCUCGAUUCCAACUGAAUUUAUGGUACCCAUAAUAGACUACCGACACCUAGCAGAAGAGGGGGCGGCGUUUGCGUCCGGCCCCGCGCACAUUCCUAACAUGUCGAUACGAACGAAACGUUUCAUACU